UGCUCGCCAAGGAAAGUCAUCACCGCCUCAUCCCCAGAGGCAGCGAGGAGCCAGGGAGCUUGCAUUCGACUGAUGAUGUUUGGCCAAGGCAGCCUCCUCCAGGUCCUGCCCACCUCCCCUGCCUGUCACAUGGCGGGAGAGGGGGAGGCAGGGCCAAGGGGGCAGGGAGCCCCAAUGCUCCCUCCAGGCGGUGCCCUGAGGAAGGAUCUCUGGGCCAGCUCCUCCUGGCAGCUAGGAUGGAAGAGUCCUGCUCCCCCAAACCAGAUGCUGAUCUCCUCUUACUGGAAAACAGGAAUUAGCUUGUCUGCUGGAGGAUGUGGUUGGUUCUUUAUAAAAAGGAUAUACAAGAAAUUCGCACGUCGACUGCCAACUUCAUUAUGCUGCCGACAGCUUCCAGCAAAAGAAGAACCUUUGCUGCCAGAUAUUUUGCCCGCUCCAAGAGCCUGGUGAUGGGGGAACAGAGCCGGAGCCCUGGGCGUCCCUCUUGCCCCCGCAGGCUGGGUCCCGUGCUGAAGGCAGGCUGGCUGAAGAAGCAGAGGACUAUCAUGAAGAACUGGCAGCAGCGCUGGUUUGUGCUCCGUGGGGACCAGCUUUUCUUUUAUUUUCCAAAAGAUGAAAUCACACCCAGAGGAUUUAUUUCUCUACAAGGCACCCAAGUGACUGAACUUCUUCCUGGCCCUGACGACCCAGGGAAGCACCUCUUUGAAAUCAGUCCAGGUGGUGCCGGGGAGCGGGAGAAGGUGCCGGCCAACCCUGAGGCGCUCCUGCUCAUGGCAAGCUCCCAGCGGGACAUGGAGGACUGGGUGCAGGCCAUCCGCCGGGUUAUCUGGGCCCCAUUUGGUGGAGGUACUGCCCGUAGCUCGCAUGCUCACCCUGUAGAACCCUUGCCUCCAGGGAUCUUUGGGCAGCGCCUGGAGGACACAGUCCACCAUGAGCGGAAGUAUGGCCCCCGCCUGGCCCCCCUGCUGGUGGAGCAGUGUGUGGACUUCAUCCGAGAGCGCGGGAUCACUGAGGAGGGACUCUUCCGCAUGCCUGGCCAGGCCAACCUAGUUAGGGACCUGCAAGAUUCCUUCGACUGUGGGGAGAAGCCCCUGUUUGAUAGCACAACCGACGUGCACACAGUGGCCUCUCUGCUGAAGCUCUACUUGCGGGAGCUCCCCGAGCCUGUGGUUCCCUUCGCCAGGUACGAGGACUUCCUCAGCUGCGCCCAGCUACUCACCAAGGAUGAAGGGGAGGGGACUCUGGAGUUGACCAAACAAGUGAGCAGCCUUCCCCUGGCCAACUACAAUUUGCUCCGAUAUAUCUGCAAGUUUCUGGAUGAAGUUCAGUCCCACUCAAAUGUCAACAAGAUGAGUGUCCAGAACCUGGCAACUGUUUUUGGGCCUAACAUACUUCGGCCACAGAUAGAAGACCCAGUAACCAUCAUGGAAGGCACUUCCCUGGUGCAGCAUCUGAUGACUGUCCUGAUCCGCAAGCACAACCAGCUCUUCACUGCCAGGGCCACAGAAGUGCCGGCCUCCCCUCGAGGAGGCCCACCGUGCACGGUGGGAUGGGGCUCCGAAGAGGUCGCCAGGGACAGCCAAACAGAGCCCGGAAGCCCCUGUGAUCCUGGCCUGCCCUCACAGAGGACCUCAUCUCUGGAUGGAGCCACUGUGGCUGCACUUUCUAGAAACUCCUCCUCAGGCCUGGGCAGCCGAAGCAGCCCUGCUGUGACUAGUCCUGGGAAAAAGGUACAGACUCUUCCCAACUGGAAGUCUUCCUUCCGGCAAGCGGGGUCCCGGUCCGGGAGCCCUAAGGUGGGCAGCUCAUCUCUGGAGGUACCUAUCAUUUCCUCUGGUGGGAACUGGCUCAUGAACGGGUUGUCUUCCCUGCGUGGGCACCGCCUGGCCUCAUCCGGAGAUCGGCUCAAGGACUCAGGCACUGUGCAGAGACUCUCCACCUAUGACAACGUGCCCCCGCCCAGCCUCUUUCCCAGCACCCCCAGCGUGACCAGCAUAGCAUGGUCUGCCGCCUCCUCCUGCGAGGCCUCGGCCCAGGGCUCGGUCAGCAGCUGCACGGCCUGCAGGGCCAGCGACUCGUCCGUCUGCAGCUCCUUGCACACUGAGGGGGCCCUGGAGCCCUCCCCGUUUCCCAGCAGCAGUGAGGACCAGAGGUCCCCUGACCCAGGCCACAGUCUGGACGAGGUGGGCACCUGCAUCAGCAGCAGUGAGCCCAGCGACCCAGGCAGCCCCACCCGGGAGCAUACCCGUCACUCCGAGGCUCUGCACAGCCUGAUCAUGGAGCUCAGGGCAGAGCUGUACAGGCAGAGGACUGAGUACCAGACGAGCAUGAAAAGACUUGAAGAGGGCAGCAGCAGCCUGAAGCAACGGAUGUCACAGCUGGAAGAAGAACUGGACCAGGAAAAGAAAAAAUACACCAUGCUGGAGAUCAAGCUGAGGAACUCAGAGCGAGCGCGGGAGGAUGCAGAGAAGAGGAACCAGCUGCUGCAGAAGGAAAUGGAGGAGUUUUUCUCCACCCUGGGAAGCCUGACUGUUGGGGCCAAAGAGGCCAGAACCCCAGAGUAAAGGAGUGUGGAGAGCUCACUUCUGUUCAGCCACUAACCUUCCCUUCAAGAAGAAACCGGAAGUCCCUGCAGCGGGGACAUGGGUCUCAGCAGUACCAGCUGCUCUGGAGAUGUCUUGACACCCUAUGCCCACAGCACCCUCUGGGAGGAAGCGACAGGGAGCCUGCCCCCACAUGGGAUGCAGUCCUGCUGGACGCGGAAGCGCAGGACACAGAAGGACCCAGAGCAGACCAUCUGGUGACUGCCCAAAAUGGGUGGCACCUGGGUUGGUAGAAGCCUACUAGGGACUUUCUGUGUUCUCCAUUAAAUUUGCUCUGAAAGCAUGA